CAAAUAUUACUAAAUACUAACUUACAAUUCAUACCAUCGCGAACUGAACUGUGAAUUGAUGAAAUAUGUUCAUUCCCUCCAGAAGUUAAUCAAACUUGUAGCAGAAAGCAUCUGAUGAUUUGGUGUGAUGAUCAUCGGUCUGACACCCAAAUCGUGCCUUCGCCUUCGUCAUCUUCCUCGCAUACUGUUACUCUCACCCAAAUGUCUCUCAUCCUCACCGCUACCCCUUCAGCACCAACACCUCCACUUCUCCUUCAGAAGUUCCAGAGCGCGAAAGCCCGAUUACGAGUUCUCCCUGGUUUCUGCUCUGAAAUCAUGUUCCGCCCUCUCAUCCAUCCCCCGAGGCCGGCAGCUCCACUGCCUUGUCUUGAAAUCUGGGCUCGAUUCCAAUAUUUUUAUUUUGAACAGUUUAAUGAGCUUCUAUGCAAAAUGUGAACUGCUUAGGGAUGCUAUGAAGAUAUUUGAUUCUUUCCCAUGGUUAGACCCCGUUUCGUGUAAUAUUAUGAUGUCUGGGUAUGCCAAACUGGGACGUGUGGAGGAUGCGUGUGAGCUGUUUGAUAAAAUGCCUGGCAGGAAUUGUGUGUCGUAUACUACUAUCAUCAUGGUUUUGGUUCAGAAGGGAUCUUUUAGCAAGGCGAUCCAGGUUUUUAGGGAGAUGAGAUGUCUGGGAAUUGUUCCUAAUGAGGUGACUCUGGGGAGCAUGAUCUCGGCUUCUUUGCAUUGUGGUGGAGUUCAGAGUGGAAGAAUGCUUCAUGGAUUGGUUUUAAAGCUUGGUCUUCAUGGGUUUGUUCACAUUUCUACUAAUUUGCUACAUGUGUAUUGCGUCAGUGCUUGCGUGAGGGAUGCUAGUGUGCUGUUUAAUGAGAUGCCUGAAAGGAAUGUCGUUUCUUGGAAUGUGAUGUUAAAUGGAUAUGCAAAGGCUAAGCUAGUCCAUUUACUAAGGGAGCUUUUUGAGAAGAUGGUUGAUAGAGAUGUGGUUUCUUGGGGCACUGUAAUUGAUGGUUAUAUUCAAGUGGGAAGGUUAAGCGAAGCUUUGGUAUUAUAUCGCCAAAUGCUCCGUACUGGACUGAAACCUAAUGAUAUUAUGAUUGUAGACUUGAUUUCUGCUUGUUCACGAGCAAUGGCAAUUUCGGAAGGUAAACAGUUUCAUGGUGUAGCAUUGAGGAUGGGGUUUGAUAGCCAUGACUUUAUACAGGCAACAAUAAUUCAUCUUUAUGCUGCUUUUGGGGAAACUGAUCUUGCUCGUAUCCAGUUUGAAGUAGGUAGCAAGGAACAUCCUGCGUGUUGGAAUGCUCUCAUUGCAGGGCUAAUUAGAAAUGGCAAAGUUGAUGAGGGUCGGUCUUUAUUCGAUCAGAUGCCUGAACGAGAUGUUUUCUCGUGGAGCUCAAUGAUAUCUGGUUAUUCACAAACUGAGCAGCCUGGUUUGGCACUUGAGCUCUUUCAUGAAAUGGUGGAGAGUGGAAUUAAACCAAAUGAAGUCACAAUGGUCAGUGUCUUCUCUGCAAUUGCUACUUUGGGGACAUUCAAAGAAGGUAGAUGGGCUCAUGAGUAUAUACGCAAGAACUCCAUUCCUGUAAAUGACAAUUUAAGUGCUGCUAUAAUCGAUAUGUAUGCUAAAUGUGGCAGCAUCAGCACAGCCUUAGAUCUGUUCAAUCAAAUCCGUGAGAGGGCAACCGAUGUCUCACCUUGGAAUGCCAUUAUAUGUGGGUUGGCCAUGCACGGCCACGCUGAAUUGUCCCUCGACAUUUUCUCUGAUAUGGAGACACGUAACAUAAAACCCAACUCAAUCACAUUCAUUGGAGUCUUGAGUGCCUGCUGCCAUGCUGGUUUGGUGGAAGUAGGCGAACGACACUUGAAGAGGAUGAAGGAACUGUACACCAUAGAACCAAGCAUCAAGCAUUAUGGUUGCAUGGUGGAUCUUUUGGGCAGAGCAGGAAGAUUGGAUGAAGCAGAAACCCUUAUACAAAGCAUGCCCAUGGAGGCUGAUGCUGUAAUAUGGGGCACACUUUUAGCAGCAAGUAAAACGCACGGCAACACAGAGAUUGGAAAGAGGGCUGCAGAGAACUUGGCCAGAGUGGAACCAUCCCAUGGUCCAAGUAGGGUGUUGCUGUGUAAUAUUUAUGCAGAUGCAGGAAAGUGGGAAGAUGCAUUCCUAGUCAGGCAAGAAAUGCAAACCCAGAGGCUGACAAGAGCAACAGCUUAUAGUGGAGUUGUAUGAUUUCUUGCUUCGGAAAGGCUACGGUUGUCUCUAAUUCCUGGUAAUAACAUUUGUUUAGUUAUGACAAAUUAUUUAAGAAAAUUGUUUGCGAGGUUUUCGAA